AAAUCGUCCGAAAAUGAGUGGUCAAGAGGGCAUUACGACCAAGUCGGACUCUGGUCGCUCUGGCUCCCCGGAUGAGAAGCCCGCCGUCGCCAUGAUUGAAGGACAGCAGAACCUCGGGGCUCUCUCUGAAGACGACGCUCGGUUCUUGUCCAACUUUCCACCAGAGGACCACAAAAAAGUGAUCCGAAAGGUCGAUCUCCGCCUCAUACCGAUGCUCAUGAUUCUAUACCUGAUGACAUAUCUUGACAAGACCAACAUUGGUAAUGCCAAGAUCGAAGGUCUCCUGACGAGCCUCAACAUGACGGGCGACCAGUACAACAUUGCACUCUCCGUCUUCUUCCCUCCAUACAUACUCGCCGAAGUUCCCAGCAACAUCAUAAUCCAAAAGUUCAAAAGACCAUCUACGUACAUGGGAAUCAUCAUUUUUUCCUGGGGCAUUAUUAUGACUCUGACAGGGGUCGUGCACAACUUUGCGGGCUUGGUGGUGGUGCGGUUUUUGCUUGGUCUGUUUGAGGCUGGUUUCUUUCCCGGUGCAAUCCUGAUGAUCUCGCAGUGGUACCUCCCGAACGAAACACAAAGUCGAAUUGCGUUGCUUUACAGCUCUGCAGCUACUGGUGGUGCAGUUUCUGGGCUACUCGCUUUUGCUAUUGCCAAAAUGAAGGGGCUGGCAGGCUUGGAGGGAUGGAGAUGGAUCUUUAUCAUCGAGGGCCUUCUAACCGUCAUCGUUGGUGUCGCCUGCUUCUGGCUUCUCAUUGACAAACCCUCCCUCUCGUCGGCUUGGCUGACGGCCGACGAGAUCCGCUACCUGGAGCUCCGACAGCUGGCACGGAACCCGACGGCAUUCAAAGCCGAGGACGGCCACAUCGCGACCAAGAAGCACAGCCACUUUGACAAGCAGGCUCUGGUGGCGGCCCUGACGGACUGGAAGAUCUACCUGCUCACGCUGGGCAGCUGGUCGAACGCGGUGCCCAACUACGCCAUGAAGUUCACCAUGCCCACCAUCGUGCGGUCCAUGGGCUUCAGCUCGGCCCAGGCCCAGCUCAUGACCAUGCCGCCCUACAUCGUCGGCGCCAUCUCCGCCUUUAUCAUCUCGGCCCUGGCGGACCGCCGAGGAUGGCGCAUGCCCUUCAUCAUCGGCCCGCAGCUGGCCGUCGCGGCCGCCUUCAUCAUCCUCUUCACCAAGGCCGCCGAGAUCGAGUCCAACGUGGCGCUGUGCUACUUUGCCGUGACGCUGGCCAACGCCGGCAUGUACCCCGUCUUCCCGGGGGUCAACGCCUGGAACGUCGCCAACCAGGCCGGUCCGGCCAAGCGCGCCGUCAGCAUCGGUCUGCUCAUCUGCACCGGCAACAUCGGCGGCGUGGUCGGCAGCUACAUCUACAAGGACGACGAGGCGCCCCGCUACGUGACGGGCUACGGGACCUCGUUGGCCUUUGUCGGCUCCGGCAUCGUCGCCGUUGCGCUCCUUGAGCUUCUGCUCUGGACCUCCAAUGAGCGCAACGCAAAACUGACUGAGGACGAGGUUCACAGCAAGUACACGGAUGAGGAGCUUGAGCUUCUUGGCGACCGCAGCCCGCUGUUCAAGUAUGCUCUAUAAACGUGCCAUUGUCCUAAAUACAUUUUGGGUGCUAGUC